UUACAAAUUGCUUACAAAAUGUUUUUUUAUUAUAUCAGUGCUCUCUGGGUGAUUUAAGUACAAAUGGAACUGGUCCGAACAAAAAAACUGCAAAACGUAAUGCUGCUGAAGCUAUGUUGCAAUUAAUGGGAUAUUCUCGGCCAAUAAUGCCUCCAGGAAAACCUCCUGUAAAAACACCUGGAAUAGAGGGUGGUCAUGUUUAUCAGAAUCCAGAAUCUGAUAAAAGAAAAUCUUAUCCUGAACAUGAAGUUGAGAAACUGGACAGUGAAGGUAAACUUGGGCGGCAGCUUGUACCAGGACUGUUAUUAAUGCCAGAUGCUUCUCUCUCCGAUCAAAAUAAUCUUCAAAAUUACACUAUGGGAAAUUCAGGUCUGAACAGAGCACCUGGUGGUCCUAUACAGGGUAUUAAUAAGAUGAUACAAACUGUUUCAGUCAUAGCAAGGGAACUUCUUGAUACUGGUGUUUCACCAAAUGCAGAGGCCAUUAGGAAAUCAAGUCUGAAACCUCUUAUGUCACAACCACCCCUUGUAAGACCAAAGCAGAAACUAUUAUACAUGUCAGAUGUUUUGGGAUUUCCUGUUCAUUUCACAGAUUUCCCAAAAGGCAACAAAUUAGAGCAUUUAUGUUUGGUAUCUUUGGGAAUCAAUCCUCCUCAAGUGAAGCACGGAGCUGGUCCAACAAUUGAAGCAGCUCAUGAUCAAGCUGCAUUAGUAGCCCUACGUUCUCUUGCGGAGCUUGGUAUGGAAGCAGUACCAGAUGGGGGGAAAAAAGAAAAUAAUGCAAACUUAGGUGCUGGAGAUGGGCUUUACAUAACUGGCAGUCAAGGCUCUGCACCCAAGCUGACCAACUCUCCAUCUACUGAUCUUGGCAGUAAUCCUAAAACUGGAUCCGCCAUUCCAAUUACUGCCAAGGACAGUCAUUAAUUGGUGACAAUCUGCAAAAUCUCGGGAGUGGUUCGGCUCAUUUCAGCCGCCACUGCCGAGUGAAGCAAACUUUUCACCAGUUCUUUUCUUUUUAUGAUCACAUAUGAAGACAACAAAGCCCCAAUGAGGCUGAAUGUAAUGUCAAGUUUCUAGAUGUAGUUAUAUCAGAUUUUGCUAAUUCUGCCAUGAGAAAAGGCAGGAAUUUUUUGCUUUAACUAUCAUUGUACUUCACCCAGUGUUCUCAUUUUCAGUGGCUGGUAGCACACUGCCAGAGGACUCUUACUGUGUAAUUUAAUGUGGAUAUUAUGUGAUUAUAAUUUUUGAGUAUUGCUUUUCAGAAAACUGUUGUGAGCUUAAACACACAAAGAUUUACUUUUAAAAUGUGAACAGAUUUGUCUGUUUCAUGGCAGACGUUGGCAAAUGCUUUUGAAAUAAUUGUGGAUUGUCAGUCAACCGACAUGUAUGUGUAUUGUUAAAAGGAUUUUUUCCCCCAUUUUCUCUAGUGAAGUUGUAUAUUUAAGGACAAUGCAGCUUAAAGUUUUUAAUUUUGGGAAAAAAUGCAUUCGUUAAAAUUUUUUGGGCCUAAAGUUGUUUUAAUAUAAAAUCUUCAGGGUAGAUAGGCUGUUAGGCUGUGUUGUACUAUUUUUUCAUAAAUGAGAACUGCUGUGCAGUGUAACCGCUGUCAUUUUUAACAUUAUUAUGUGGUGGUUAACAUUUAUACAAAGUGUAAUGUUGAUUGCAAAUUUUUGUAAGAUUUCGUUAAUUUAGCUUUUAAACAAUCGAUUGCAAGGAGUAAAAUUUUCUCUAUGCCAAACUCUGUCUUUAGUCUUGAAAAUUAUGAAUCAGUUCAUGAUGAAAUUGUGUAUUUCAGUAUGGUUUUGAGCUGUGAAAUGGAUGGAUUUGUAUAUUUUAAUUAUGCUUCAUGUGACAAAGAAGCAAAUAUUGUUGUAUAUUACAUUUUGACACCUUACUGUUUAGGUAAUAUAUAUAUAUAUAUAUAUAUAUAUAUAUAUUUUUUUUUUUUUUUUGAAUGGACAGUAUUUGACCAAAUACAUUUCCUAAAACAAUGAUUUUGUAUAUACUUUAGUUCUAAGAAAUGAUUGAUCAUGCUGUCAUUGUUAUAAAAAGAGUUUUUAAUAUUUAUGAAUUUUUUGAAAUUAAGGCCCAAAUAACUUUUUUUGUUGCAUUUUCCCCUGAUCAGUUUUUAAUAAAACCAAGUGUAAUAGAUCACACAUUAGAAUAUUACUCAGUUUUGAGGGGACUUAGAAGGUUGAGAAUAUUCUUUUACUUUUCUAUUUUAUAUGUCAUUAAGGAUUGUGUUAAAUUUUGUAUUUAUAAGCUGCAUUGCCCUUUUACAACAUAUUUUUAUAUAGCUUGUUGUCUUCAUGUCUAAUCAUUCUCUGUUAGUAGUAACUUCAAUAAAACAGUGAAAAGAAA